AUGUUGGUUCUCUUUCUACUCUUCGGACACGUCAGUUGCUCCCACUCAACGCUAGUGCGAAAGUGCUGUCCCUUAGGCCAGCAGUGGUUGCAGACGGAAUCGUCUCAUUUUACAUGUGGUGCGGCAAACAGUACUUUUAGAUAUCCUCCUAUUUACUCCUCACUUGGAAUUCUCUCCACUAGCAAGAUUAGCCUAAUAUACGAGCCCUUGAACUGUGCCCACCUGUAUUCACUACUUCCCGACCAGGUUAAGGAAGAGCGCUACCAAAUACUUGAUUCCGGAAGACUUCUCUAUUUAAAUGGGAAAUUCGAGGAGCAGUUCUGUCUGGAGUCUGACAACGUCAGCACGGACCCGAGCGUGUUCGUGUGCGUCGAAGAUGUGCCCUCUGCUCAUGGAGGAGAAAAGGAGGAUGUGGAAUUCUUACUCCUGUCUGUUGGAAGUGGUGUCUCCUUCUUGUGUCUGCUUGCUCUACUCUUCGUCUAUGCGAUCGUUGAAGAACUCCAAAACAAUCCUGGGAAAUUUCUAAUGAACCAUGCUCUGGCUAUGGCUCUUGCAUAUCUGGUACUUUUCGUCAAUCAUAUCGGCGGAUUCCUUAAUGUGGGAGAUAACGUCUGCGGUAUUCUCGGUAAGUGUUAUUUUUGCAAAACCAUUUUCUUAAACAGAGUUAUAACUGCAUGA